CACGGCGAUGUAAACAACAACAAUAAGCGCCGCUUUGGCAGUUUAGCAUCCGCAAAAAUCGGCAAAAUUAAUGUAAAAUAAUACGAAAAUCUCCCAAAAAUGGGCCGCAAAUGUGCGGUAAACGAUUGCAUCAACAACAAUUCCAAGCACAUCUCCAAAUCGUUCUACGGUUUCCCCAGGGAUAGCGAAACCUGCCUAGCAUGGGUAAAAUUUUGCGGCACCAAGGAACUGGAACUGGUGUUCUUUAGCCAGGGCCCAGAAGGUUUGCAAAAGCUGAAAAUGUGCUCGGACCACUUCGGGCCGGAAUCCUUUCGGAAUUUUCACCUGAAGGAUAAAGGACUGGUGAACGGUGCCAAGCCGGUAUUUCCUGCACAUCGGUUCAAAGAAACGGUGGGAGAGUAUGUAAUAUAUCAUCUCGACUAGAUUGAAUAAGUUU